AAAACAAAACUAUAUAUAUAAAUUAUUUUUUUGACAGUCGAAAAAAACUAUAUAUAAUUCUGGACUUCCCCAAUUCCACACCUCAAUUUCUCUCUGAGCGAUAAUUCCCACCGUAAAUUUAAUUUCCUGUAAAACAAAAUAUUGGGAAAAUAAGCGGUGUUCUUCAGCCGUAGAUUCCCAAACUUCGGCCAGUAUGGCGAUGCGGGACUUGGUGAGCGGUGGCGCCGCCUGCGCGGUGCCGGGCUCUUCUUCUUCUUCUAACCCCCUCGGUGCUCUCGCCAACGCCCUGAUUGGCUCAUCCUCUAAAACUCAGGAACGGCUUCGUGAAAUACCAACUGCAACGGCGACAACAUCAGAUGGCAAUUUGUAUGCAGGUGUGGGAGAGCCAUUCACCGCCGCCCUUCCAGGUUCAGAGCUUGAACAUGCACUAUAUCCUAAUGCUCAGGGUUCAGAAUUCCUUCAAGGCUUCCGCUCCAUGGAUCAAAAUAGAUUUUCAGAUGCCUGGGAUGAUAUACAGAACCCUCAAAGUCAUUUUAUUCAGCCGAUGAAUGGUCCAACCAACUUUAAUGGGCCACCUCAAAGAGUGUUGUCAAAUUUUUUGCACUCAUUCCUUCACAGCGGCCAAGGUAGCGCACCUUUUGGUCCAACUUCACUACCAGUUUUAGGAUUAUCUGAAGGCGACAAGCAAUGCAUACGUGAUCGUAGCAGUAUUAUGGCUCGGCAUCUUUUUGCUGACAAGAGUGAAGACUUUAUUCAUGCACAGGUUAACGCCCUUUUAUCGUCUUUAGAUAUUGAUGGUGAUAUCCGGGCUAGAGGCCCUAUUCCUGGGAGAUCUCCGGAGUUGGAAGAUUAUUGGAAUGAGUCUCAAGGUAUGAAACCUGGACCUCAUGGUGCAGAUGGAUGGGUAUCUGAAUUCACUCAACACCAAGUACCUCGUGAUGAUCCAAAUAUGUGGAUUCAGUCAUUUGAACGACAACAUGGUGCAAAUGGUUGGGCAUCUGAAUUUGAGCAUGAGCAAUCCCAACUUGUUUCAGUUGAUCAAAUGAGAGGUUCAAAUAUACCCAGCUUAGCUGCAAUGGAGCAGACUCGCAUGUUAGCGCACACACUAGCUCAAAACAAUGAUCCAAAGUUUCAGAAUUCAAAAUUCCUCCAGUUUGUUUCAAAGAUGAGCCGUGGUGAAAUUGGUAUUGAGGAUAAUCAAUUCAAGCCAGCUGCUUUUUCUGCACCUGGAAACUGGGCAACAGAAUAUGAGCAACAGUACAGCGGGGGGAGGUCAUGGGCUGACCAAUUUAGUAAUGAACAGCUUUCGCAUGGACCCCAUGGAUGGGCGAAUGAAUUUGCUGCUGAACGCGAGCUACAUGGAGGCACAGAGAACGAGUGGGUGAAUGAAUUUUCGAAAUUAAAUGUCAACGACUGGUCAGAGGAAUUCGAGCGUCAGGUUGCUGAUGGAGUACUGGGUGAUGGUUCUGCUGAUAAUUGGGCAAAUGCAUAUGACGAAUAUCUAGAUGAACAGGCCUCACUAAAGCAGAAAUCAGAUUCAUCGAGGGGGGUAUAUGUUUUCUCCGAUCUAAAUCCUUAUGUGGGCCAUCCUAAUCCUUUGAAGGAAGGGCAGGAACUCUUUCGAAGGGGGCUUUUAAGUGAAGCUGUUCUUGCUCUGGAGGCUGAGGUCUUGAAGAAUCCUGACAAUUCUGAGGGCUGGAGGUUACUUGGUGUAGCUCAUGCAGAGAAUGAUGAUGAUCAACAGGCAAUUGCAGCUAUGAUGCGUGCACAGGAGGUUGAUCCGGCAAACUUGGAAGUUCUUCUUGCUCUUGGUGUGAGUCAUACAAAUGAGUUGGAACAAGCAGCUGCACUAAAGUACUUGUACAGUUGGCUACGCCAGCAUCCUAAAUAUGGUGCCAUUGCCUCUCCAGAUCAGCCUGAGAAUCUUUACUAUGCUGAUGUGGCUAGGUUAUACAACGAUGCAGCUAAACUGUCACCUGAUGAUGCUGAUGUUCACAUAGUUCUUGGAGUUUUGUAUAACUUAUCUAGGGAAUAUGAUAAAGCUAUUGAAGCUUUUCAGACAGCUUUGAAACUUAAACCACGAGAUUAUUCUCUCUGGAAUAAGCUUGGUGCAACACAAGCUAAUAGCGUCCAGAGUGCUGAUGCAAUUUUAGCUUAUCAACAGGCUCUAGAUUUAAAGCCUAACUACGUGCGUGCAUGGGCGAACAUGGGCAUCAGUUACGCCAACCAGGGUAUGUAUGAGGAUUCUAUUCGUUACUAUGUCCGAGCACUAGCGAUGAACCCAAAGGCAGACAAUGCCUGGCAAUAUUUGAGAAUUUCUUUGAGCUGCGCAUCACGGAACGACAUGCUAGAAGCUUGUGACUCGAGGAAUCUUGAUUUUCUGCAGAAAGAGUUUCCCCUGUGAUAUAAAUCCGACGAACAUAUUGCUUGCAAAGGCUUAUCCUGGAUAAUUUUAUCGUCUCCAUCAUACGUCUCUGCUUCACAAUACGUUUCCACCUCCUAAAGAUAAACUGUGAUGUAGACGGUUUUCACGUUAAAAUGCAAAUCUUUAAAGAUUGUAUAUUGAAGAAUUGACGAAUAUGGUCAAUAUGUUGUACCAUCAGAUGAAUUACACAAUAAAAAGGAAUUGUAAAUGCUCCUAAAACAUCUUGAUUUAUUUGCAAUAAUAAUUUAUUUUUUUUCGCUGAAAAAA